AUGCUCUUCCCCAACCUAGCUGCUUUUGCAACUCUUCUCGCAAUCACUCUUGCCACACCUACCCCUCUUGACGACGGGAACACCGAUAACGGGACAUCUCACACACUUACUAAAUACGAAGUCAAUUGCCGCAGCGGAGGAAAUACCUUACCUCGCUGCUACGAAUCAGGCUCGGCUGGCUGUCGCUGCUCUAGCAUUGGUGUCUACAACUGCCAGGAUGACGAGUGUAAAACAUACUGCGGAUGCAGCAGGUAUGUGCUACUGAACCUCCAGACUCCCACUGUUGCUACACGCUAG